AUGAAGACGAUAUACCCCCUUCUCACCCUCCUUUCAGCGGCCGCUGUCGCUGCUGGCCCUCUUCCCCGGAAUGUCGACAUCCCAUCGAGGGUUGUGGCGCGUACCGAACACAUGGGCGAGGCUGCGCCCGCUCCAGCAGUUGACCCUGCUAAGGCAGCCGCCGACGCUAUGGAGUCCAUGCACGUAGCAGAGGCGGAGGCCAAGGACAAGGCGCACCAGGAAGCUGCUGCGAAGAUGGAGGCCGAACAUCAAGCCAAGGCUGAAGCAGAGGAGAAGGCUCAUCAGGAAGCUGCGGCGAAGAUGGAGGCCGAACACCAAGCGAAAGCGGAGGCAGAGGAGAAGGCUCACCAAGAAUCUGCCGCUGCUAUGGAAGCCAUGCACGUGGCCUCCGAGAUGGCCAAGGACGCCGCUCACAAGGCCUCUGCAGAUGCUAUGGAGUCCAUGCAUGCCGCGUCUGAGAAGGCCAAGGAUGCCGCUCACAAGUCUUCGGCGGAUGCUAUGGAGGCCAUGCACGUAUCUCAAGAAAUGGCCACCACCACCACUGAGGAGGUUGCAGCAACAACUACAGCCGAGGCUAUCACUCACGAAACUGUUGCACCGAUGACUACGGCUAUGGUCGAACAGCCCCCCGCUCCUAUGGUCACUGAACACCCCAUGCCACCUCCUGCGGCUGAGAUGCCACCACCACCACCUGCGGAGAUGCCUGCACCACCGGCUGAGAUGCCUCCUGCUGAGAUGCCACCGCCACCUGCUGAGAUGCCCGCUGAGAUGCCUCCACCAGCCGAGAUGCCUGCACACGAGACUCAAGCAGCACCCGAGCAUACCAUGAUGCCACCACCACCUGCUGCCGAGAUGCCUCCACCAGCUGAGAUGCCGCCUCAGGAGACUCAGGCCGCACCAGAGCACACCAUGCCUCCUCCCGCUGCCGUCACUGUCGUUCCCGAAGCCCCUGCCGCCGGUAACAUGUCCAUGACCCACGCUGCACCACCUGCACCCAUGGUCACUGAGAGUUUCUCUUUGGUAAUGGGUGAGGCUGCGAACGCCACUGCUUCUGCCAACAUGACCGUUUCCGCCACCGAGACUGCUGCUGAGCCUGCGGCCACCGAGGCACCGGGCGCAGCUGAGGAGGAGAAGAAGAAGAUGGAAGAGGAGCAGAAGAAGGCUGAGGAAGAGAAGAAGGCCGCUGAGGAGAUGGCAAAGCAACAAGAGGAGGCCGACAAGAAGGCCGCUGAGGAAGAGAAGAAGGCGCAAGAGGAGGCAGACAAGAAGGCUAAGGAAGAGGCAGACAAGGCUGCUAAAGAAGAGGAGAAGAAGGCUGCCGAGGAAGAGAAGAAGGCGGCUGAAGACGCUAAGGCUAAGGAGAAGGCCGACGCUAAAGCUGCUGAGGAAGAGAAGAAGAAGCAGGAAGAAGCCGACAAGAAGGCAGCUGAGGAAGAGAAGAAGCAAGCCAACGAAGACGCCAAAGCCGCCGAAGAAGACAAGAAGAAGCAAGAGGAAGAGGACAAGAAGGCACAGGAGGGUCAAGCCGAGCAGCAAGACGGAGCUGAAGCCGACGACAAGGAAGACGCCGCCCAAGAGGACGACAAGAAGGACGAGGGAGACAAGCAGGACGAAGCCGCCGACGCCGAGCCUGUCGCUGCUGAAGAGCAGAACGACGACGCCGAAGCACCAGCACCAGCUGCAGAGUCUGGCGACGCCGUCGUCGAGUAUCCUGCUGGUUUCCUCACUUCAUCUCGUCGCCGCGACGAGAUCGCCAACAUGCCCGCCAAGCGCGGUAUGAAGGCUGUUGCGUUCUGA